UGAACGCAUCACUUCAGUUAGCCUGGCAUCGCCGUUAUUCGGACCAAGCUGUCACUCACGCUCCCUCAGAUAUCUUCUUUCCCCCGUAACUGUUCCUCGCCAAAACCUGAAACAGGAUAACAGCGCAAGAUUCUGACACGGAGAGGCGGACUUCAAAGAUUUUUUCCUCUGCGGCUACAACACCUCAUAAGAUGAAACUAGGUGGAGGCUGGGUGUGGCGGCUGCUGUUCCUGUCCUCGCUGGCCGUGGCGGCCAUGGCGUCCAGCGACGAGCCUUCUGAGGCGGACGUUCUGGACGGCGAUGGCGACAUGCGCCUUGACGAGGAGGAAAUGCAGGUUCUGAUGGCGGACGAUGACGAAGAGGAGGAGGCGAUGGUGGCGGAUGAAGAGCAGUUUGAUGAGGAUAAAGAUGGAGAUGAAACGUCUGAAACUGACGCCAAUGUCACCUUCCAGGUAACAUACAAGACUCCUGUUCCCACUGGAGAUGUAUACUUUGCAGAAACCUUUGACGAUGGGUCACUGGACAGAUGGCAGCCAUCAAAAACAACGAAGGAGGAUGCAGAUGAUGAAAUCGCCAAAUAUGAUGGAAAGUGGAUGGUGGAGCCGCUAAAGGAGAACAAGGUUCCCGGAGACCAAGGCCUGGUGCUCAAGUCCCGGGCCAAACACCACGCCAUAGCAGCCAUGCUGGACAAACCCUUUGUCUUCCAGGAUGAACCUCUGGUUGUCCAGUAUGAGGUGAAUUUCCAAGAUGGUAUUGACUGUGGUGGAGCAUACAUCAAGCUGCUGUCUGACUCUGGCAGCCUCAGUCUGGAACAGUUCCAUGACCGUACACCUUACACCAUCAUGUUUGGCCCUGACAAAUGCGGAGAAGACUACAAACUGCACUUCAUCUUCCGCCACAAAAACCCCCUGAACAAAGACAUGGAGGAGAAACACGCCAAGAGGGCCGACGUGGACCUGAAGAAGUUCUACACCGACAAGAAGACUCACCUCUACACUCUGGUCCUGAACCCAGACAACAGCUACGAGAUGUUCAUCGAUCAGUCGAGCGUGAGCCGUGGCAACCUGCUGUACGACAUGGUGCCUCCUGUCAACCCGCCAAAGGAGAUCGACGAUCCAAAUGACUCCAAGCCGGACGACUGGGACGAGAGGGCCAAGAUCCCUGACCCCGAGGCUGUGAAGCCUGAUGACUGGGACGAGGAUGCUCCUGCAAAGAUUGAGGAUCCUGACGCCUUGAAGCCAGAAGGAUGGCUGGAUGACGAGCCAGAGUUCGUUUCCGACCCAAAUGCAGAGAAACCAGAGGACUGGGACGAGGAGAUGGACGGGGAGUGGGAGGCCCCGCAGGUUCCUAACCCAUCCUGUGAGACGGCUCCUGGCUGUGGCGAGUGGAAGCGGCCGAUGAUCAACAACCCUCAGUAUAAGGGCAAGUGGAAAGCCCCUCUGAUUGACAACCCCAACUAUCAGGGAGUCUGGAAGCCGCGCAAAAUGAUGAACCCAGAAUAUUUUGAGGACCUGCAGCCGUUCAGGAUGACUCCGUUUAAGGCUUUGGGCCUGGAGCUGUGGUCCAUGACCUCAGACAUUUACUUCGACAACUUCAUCAUCACUUCUCACAAGGAGGUGGCUGACCGCUGGGCCUCAGACAGCUGGGGGCUGAAGAAACUGGUGGCCAGCGCCAACGAGCCGGGGAUAUUUUCUCAGCUGCUGAUGGCAGCGGAGGAGAGACCUUGGCUUUGGAUAAUCUACAUCCUGACAGUCGGUCUGCCCGUCGGACUGGUGGUGCUCUUCUGCUGGCCAAAGAAACCAGUAGAUGACUACGUAUACAGACGGGUCGAACAACCCCAGUCUCACAUAGAAGAGGAAGAAGAGGAGGAAGAGGGAGGAGAAGCAGAUGAGGAAGAGAAGGAAGCUGGAGCUGGAGAACCAGCAGCAGCACAAGACGAAGGGGAGAGCCAGGAGAAUAACGGACAGGGAGACAAUCAAGUGGGGGCUGAUAAUGAAGAAGAAGAGAUGGAGGAGGAAGAGGAAGAAGAAGAAGAAUCGGAGGAAAACAAAACUCCAGAAAGAACAUUAGAAGAUGAGCAGAAAGAUGGAGGCGACGUCGCUGGAGAGAGCCACAAACAAGCUGUCAGAAAGAGGAGGGUACGGAAAGACUGAGGCGAGCCCAACGUCUGCUGUCUCUUCCUCUCUGAAAGGGGUCUUCUCUGUUGUAGCUGCUCCCUCCUCUCUGAGCGGAGCAGCACGGCGUUUCCUCCAACCCCAACGGUAGCCUGCAGUCACCUGGCUGCCCCAUCUGUGUCUCAGCUCCACCCGCCCCACUCUGCCCAGGUUUGCAGCCUCACAGACCCACGCACCCCGUCCCGCGCCUCUCCUUCCUCCCGUCCGCUCAGCCGGAUGAGCUUCCCGGAGGUUACGCGUUACUUCCUCCGCCACUUCUAGCUUCCAUUGAUAGUUUUUUUUUUUCUUCCCCCACCCCCACAACCUUAUUCUAUUCCAGAAGUCGUCAAAAAGUCGGCGUCUUCCACCUCUGUUUUUCACUUUUUCUCUUCAUAAACCAUCAGUUUAUGAAAGCAGCAGAGCCCCAACACAGCUGAUCACCUUUUUUUUUUACCGCAUAUCGGAGGGGCCCUCUCUGAGGUUAUUCACGUAAAUCCUUGAUUUGAGGGGAAAACUUUGAAGUUCUUGUUUUAAAAAUGUUCGAAAACUGAGCUGAGAGCGAAGGUUAAGAUUCAUCUCAACUUAGUUAAAAGAUUCCAGAUAAAAUGCAUUGCUAGUCUACAUUUUAGUUAGUUUGUAAUGAGCAUCUGUUACUUUAUUUUUUUUUGUGUGUUGAGUUGAAAAUUUGCUCCGCUGUUCUAUUUAUUGGUUUCGACUUGACUGUUUCUCACCAGUAUGAAUAAAGGUUUUAAUAUUAAAGUGUUUUAAGGCUUGAGGCAACUUUCCACAAAUAUGUGCCACUGAUGUGCUUACUGUGAGCAGAGGUCUGUGAAAUAUUUAAAUUGAAAAUAGAAAACUGACAGUCAAUGCUUGCAGCUAAAGUAGCAUUAUUUCUUUGCCUUGGCAGGAAUAAAAUAAAAAUUAAAAAAACC